CCUCCAGCACACACAGCCAUGUCGACAUAGGUUCCUCCAACACACACACACACACGCUCGCACGCAUCGACCGACCGCCAUCACAUCCUCCAGCUGCCCGGGCCAUGACAGGAGUAUUCGAUCGCAAGGUUCCCAACAUCCGGACAGAUUUGCAGGGCACUUUCCAGCACGGCAUGCACCACCCGUCGCAGGAAUCGCCGACUCUCCCCGAGUCCACGGCCACCGACACGGGUUACUACAGCUCGGGCGGCCCCCACCACGGCUACUGCUCACCUUCGUCUUACGGCAAAGUUCUGAACCCCUACCAGUACCAGUACCACGGAGUCAACGGGUCCGCCGCCAACUACCCCGCCAAAGCUUACCACGAAUACAGUUACCCCGGCCAUUACCACCAAUACGGGUCGUACAGUAGAGCUCAACCAACAUGUACCCAGCCAGAGAAAGAGCUGGCCGAGCCCGAAGUCCGGAUGAUAAACGGCAAACCGAAAAAGGUUCGCAAGCCGCGGACUAUCUACUCCAGUUUCCAGCUCGCAGCUUUACAGAGGCGCUUCCAAAAAACCCAGUACCUGGCACUGCCGGAGAGAGCCGAGCUGGCAGCAUCACUGGGACUCACUCAGACCCAGGUUAAAAUAUGGUUCCAGAACCGCAGAUCGAAGAUUAAGAAAAUCAUAAAGAAUGGCGAGAUCCCUCCAGAGCACAGCCCCAGUUCCAGUGACCCCAUGGCCUGCAAUUCUCCUCAGUCCCCUGUCGUCUGGGACAAUCACAGCUCCUCAAGGGUUGUCCACCCUCAUCAAACCCCCAGCCACAACCCAUCCACCGCAGGCUACCUGGAGAACGCCACUUCCUGGUAUUCCAAUCCCAGUUCCAUUAAUUCCCACCUGCAAUCUACAAACUCACUACAUCAUCCACUAGCUCUGGGAUCCGGGACUAUUUAUUAAUCUGAAAUACAUUCCAUAGUGGAUUGAUUAGGACCGAUAAGCAGUGGAGAUAUGCAAUUAAAUGCACGCUUUGUUCCGACGGAAUCAAGAGAAGCCAAAUUGUCAGACUCUGUACAUUCGGUGCAUGUAACUUUCCACAUUUCAAAGAGGAAAAUGGGUUAUUUUUCCAACGGACUUCAGGGCGAACAUGGACACUGUCAAAGGUGCCUUCCCCUUAUAGGCUAAAACCGCCAAUCUUACGGGACUUUUCAAUAACAUAUAUCACUGUACAUACGUGUAGAUAGUUGAAUUGAACUGUAUAUUCUGUUUAAAUAAAGUUAUUGACACUUCGGAAAA